GUUUAAUUGCGGGAUUUUGGAAAACAAAACACUGCAGAUGUCAACAGCGGAGUUGGACCCUUUUUUGUGAAGUUCUGAGAUUAAGCUUGAGAAGCAGGAGAGAUGUCAUCUAUGGAAAAUUCCCCAAGCAAGCAAUGGACCAAACCCUCGCACAUCAUGAAGGUCCGGUUGAAAAGAAAUCGCCGUAGCACCAGCGACCUGACCUCAAAGUCCUUCACAUCGACCCAAUCGCAGGUCAACUCUGGGUCACAAUCAACCGGAAACGGCCGGAGUGGGAAGAGGCGUAAUCCAUUCGGUAGCGGGGGUGGGGAUAAUGUGAUGAGGAGGAGAAUUCAAAGUGAAGUUGUAGGAGGCGAGAGACAGCAUGUUAAGAAGGAGAACGGGAGUAACCAUCGAAAGCUCUUCACUGCACUUGACUCACAGCAAGAUGAGGUAUUUGAUGUAGAGGCUUGCCAAAGACUGACCAAGGCUAUGAAAGCUAUGGAGGCAGAGGAGGAAGAAAAGACUGCAUCAAAAUCUACAAAAGAGCAGACUGAGCAAGUCAGUAGUAAACCACUUGCUAGAGGUAAACCUGACCUGACACCAGACUGGUGUCUCAGAACGCGUCUUCGUUUUACAUCACACAGCUCAUUCAGUCCACUAUGUUACUCAUCACUCUCAUUGUCUCCAUAUUUCAGCAGACUGAGCAAGUCAGUAGUAAACCACUUGCUAGAGGUAAACCUGACCUGACACCAGACUGGUGUCUCAGAACACGUCUUCGCUUUACAUCACACAGCUCAUUCAGUUGGUGCCAGCCGAUCCGUAUGAAGGAGGAAGCCAAAGGACUGUGCUCGUUUGUACAAGGUCAGCAUGGUCCUGACACCGAGGAGCAAGAGACUGGUGAGGAGACUAGCUGGAGGAGUGACCUUCAGCAGGCUACCAUGUGCUGGAUGCAUCCUGAUAUACCGUGGCUUAACCUCUUCCCCAGGGUGGUACCAGAACCAAAAAAGUUCAAACAAUCCAUUGCUACUAAGGAUACAACAAUAGCUAGUGCCUUGAUGACAAACUGGUCUGAGAGUUUCCGAUCUGUCUUCCACCUGCUGCGGUCGGGUCACUGCCCUUAUUUCUACCUCUGCACCCAUCACUUCACCGUUCUGUUCAGAGCCGCUGGUAUCGCUGCCACGCCCACUAUGCAUGCCCUCAUGACCCCUACCACCAGAGGGCUCAGAGAGGCACUGAAAACAGAAGGCAUUAGUUACACCAUGCCUUUACAUCAAGAAGCCCCAUCUCCAGUAGAAACAGAGACAACUACCGCAACUGCAGGUCAACAACAGAAAGCUACUGAAGAAAGCUGUCCUGAAGGAGAGAUAGAAGAGCAGUCUGAAGUAAACCAAGAAGAUGAUCAGAUAAAGAAAGAGAUCGCAGAGGAAGAGGAGGAAGUGGAAGACAUCCUUCGGAGCCCCACCAAGGCAUCGUCAUGGUUACAGAGCAUGGGUCUGGAUAAAACCAACUUUCCGUCCUUAGAGCCCACCAGAGUCAAAUUCCAAACUGACCAACUACUCAAACUGGACAAUCGGCCUCAAUCCCUGGUGCUAGUAGAAGGUCUGGACACCGCGGCCUUGUAUAACUUCCUACUGAACAGUCGGACGGUGCUGACCAGUGUAGGACCAUUAGCAGACAUACCGCCCACCAUCCUCUCUCCUAUAGCAUUCAAGGGUGCUACUCUGAACAGCUGCAAGCUGAAAUCAGGCACUCUGAAGCAACAAUCCAGCAAGUCCUCGCUGGUAGAGGUCAGCAGCUUAGAGGUCACAGGUCCCAUCAUGCCCCACAACGUCCACAGCCUCUGUGCUCUUCUCCGCAGAACACAAGAGGGCGCUUUCCAUAUGGCCCUCAGCAAUCACGAAGCAACUGCUCCGUUCACCAGCUGUACCUACUCCACCAAUGAGAAGUCAGGAGUGAGGGACGCAGGGGACGAGGAGAGAUUGAAAGCGAUGAGAACGAACUGUGGACUUUCAGAGAGACAGGUGGAAUAUUUGGGUAGCAAGUGUACUGUUAAUUUACCCACCAAGGAAGUGACAUGCACAGAUAGAUUGUUUCUGUAGUUAUAAUUAUAUCCUUGGGAAUAAACAAUAGAGGUAUACCGAGUAUAUUUUCAAAGUGUAAUACUGUAGAUAAAUUAAUUUUUGAAAUGAGAGGAACUUUUGUAGUUUGAAACUACCGGUAUCUGAUUGUGACUAUAUAAUGGUUGUCGGUUUGUGUGUUGUGAAACCAGUUUUGUCAUGUCAUGUUUCAUGUUAAAAGGCACCUUUGAGC